AUGGUUGCUACUCAAGUAUUGCCAGUUUUUCUCGGCCUCUUUGCUCUUGCAAGUGCUCAAUUGCAAAACGCUUCUUCUACUUCCUCUCUCAUUCGUUACAAUGUAAUCAAUUUGCUUAAUGAAACCCAUUCUAUGGGCGUCUCCAUUGACAAUGUCACUUAUCCCCUGACUCCCAAUGGGAAUGCUGCUGUCUUGCACUCUGGCCAAGCUCCUGUUGCUACAUCUGGUUACAGAUAUGUCAAGAUUACCAAAGAGAACAACAAUACUGAAAUUGAAUCUUUCUUGCGUGCUCCCUCUCAGAACGAUACUGUCAACGAGUUUUUCAAACGUAGUUGGAAUACCAAGCAACUGGCUCAGCUGCCUACCUUAUUUGAACCCUUGCCUGCCAUUCAUCGUAUCCAUUCUGAACUGCAUAGAGAAGGUGAAAUCCCUACCAUCCAUUUGACUGGUAACCAAACUCUCAUUGACAUCAUGCAUAACAGCAGUGGUGCUGACAUUGAUGUGCCUACCAAUAUGACCUAUAUCAGCCUGAACGAUACGUUGUCUUACCAAGACGUCACCAUCUCCUUGGCUGGUCGUAGCUCUCAAUGGCUGCCUAAGCUUUCCUACAACAUCAAAUUGAGUAAAAAUGACAGACUCUACAAUUACAGGCGUGUCAAAUUGAGGGCUUUGGAUACAGAUCCAUCUUAUAUCAGAGAACAAAUGGCUUAUGAUAUCAUCAAAUCUACUGGUCUUGCUUCCUCUGAGUUCAGCUAUGCUCGUGUCCUCCUGAACGACAAAGAACUUGGGUUGUUUGGUCUGAUUGACACUUUCAAAGACCCUUGGUUGGCUAAUGUCUUUGACAAUGGUAAUAGCAAAUACAAGAAUGGUCAUCUGUACCAAGCUGUCUUCUCUACUGCCAACUCAUCUGCUGUCAAUCACACCUCUGAUUUGUCUUACUAUAACAAUAUCACUGCUUAUCAAGACGGUCAGUAUGAAAUCAAGGUCGAUGCUGCCAAGGAAAAGAACAACUUUAAGCCUUUGAUGGAGUUUACCAAGUUUAUAGCCACUGCACCCACCAAUACAUCUGAUGCUGUAGCUGCGUGGAAGAAGGAGCUGGAUACCGACAGUUUCCUCCGCGCAAUGGCUUUGGAAGUGUUACUUGGUUUCUCUGAUGGAUACAACACCAUGGCUGAUAACUACUAUCUCUAUGAAAAUCCUGAAGCCAAUAACUUUUUCUAUAUCCCCUCUGAUAUGGAUCUUACUAUGGGCUCUACUAUCUUCAAGCUGAAUGACAUGUGGAGCGGCAACUACAGUACUUUUCCCGGUAUGGGCAGUCGUCCCUUGAUGAACCAGAUCCUACAAGUACUUGAAUUCAAGCAACAGUAUGAGCAAUUGCUGGUCAACAUCUCUCAAAGUUUGACCAACCCUGUUGUUGUCAAUGCCCGCAUCAACGACCUCGUCGACAUGAUCGCUGAAGAUGUAGCUUGGGAUCAAACUUUACCUCGUGUUGGCGCCAACAUUAUCAGUGGCAUGGGCGCUUCUCUCGAUAAUUCCGCUGACAAUGCUCCUGCCGACUCUGCUGCUACAGCUGUGAUCGGCAAUGCUAUCCCUGAUAACCUUGAUAUGGAGACUAUCAAGGACUUUGCUAGCAGAAUGAAUAUCUCUAUUCCUUUCUCUACUGCUGUCAAUGGUAACACUGGACAUCCUUCUUUGUCAGGCGUCAAGGAGUGGUUCCAAAUGUCAUCUGAAAAUACCCUCAACUUUUUUGGUAUGGGUAAUUCAACUAAUGCCACCACUGCCUAA